GCUUGUAUUCAAUGUAUCGACAAACAUGCAUUAAACUCGAAACUAGCCGUGGCGGAGCCGGAGACUGUCGUUGGAAAUAUUUUGCAAACGCCAUGGGAUGAAAUAUUUUCAGCCCAUCUCAGAUGCUUGUGGGCCAUCGGUUCGAAUAACGACGAGGAGGCGUGUGCUUGCCAACUUGUUUUAGUGAAAUAUCCUUUGAGUGAACCGGAUUUGUUCGUACUUACCUCUGUACUAUGGCUUGGGUUUUCCUUAAUAUGGAAUCACAGCGUUGACCAAAUUGUCGUUGCGGCUGUGGAUUUGCGAAGGUUCGCCCACGCCUUGGACGCCUUGAGUAAUAAGAAAGUAGAUGAUGCAGACUCUGCUUACGGAAGUCAUUUGGAACGUGUUGCCCAGGCUAUAAUGAAGCUCUUUCAAAUUUGUGCUGCCGAUAGUCUAACUGCAAUUGAAGAUUCGAAGAAACGCGGAAUGAUGGGCUUGGCCAAUCAGCUUUUUAAAAUAUAUUUCCAAAUAAAUAAACUAAAUCUUUGCAAGCCAAUUAUUCGCGCUAUUGAAAACGUGAAUAUUGAUGCGCAUUUUAGCAUUGCGCAACGCGUCACCUACAAUUACUACGUCGGCCGAAAGGCCAUGUUUGAUGGGGACCUUAAAAUGGCAAACACUUGUUUGACUUUUGCCUUUGAGCGAUGCUUGGCUUCCAACAAAGCAAACAAACGCCUGAUAUUGAUAUAUUUAAUACCUGUUCGGAUGCUUCUGGGCAUCUUACCAUACAAUGCUCUUCUUCAGAAAUACAAGCUCGAAGAAUUUGAAGGAAUUUCAAAUGCCGUAAAGAUUGGGAAUCUACGCAAACUAAAUGAAGAGUUGGAACGAAAUGAGGCGUUCUUUAUUUCAUGCGGCAUAUAUUUGAUUCUCGAGAAGCUAAAAAUGAUCACCUAUCGGAACUUAUUUAAGCGAAUCGCUGGUAUAUUAAAAACGCAUUUGUUGCCCGUUCCCGCCUUCACAGAAACUUUAAAGAAGAUGGGGGUUGAGGACAUCGACGCUGAUGAAACGGAGUGUAUUUUGGCGAAUUUAGUCUUCGAAGGCAAAAUCAAGGGGUAUCUAGCCCAUCAGCAGCAGAAGCUUGUCGUCAGCAAAAUUCAGCCUUUUCCUUCCCUAUGA